GGAGUGUUUAGAUUUGAUCAAUGUCGAUUUGGUUCCAUAGUUAGAUUCGUUGUUCUUAUAUAAAAAAUUUGUUUACCACCUCUCACAUCCCUUUUUUCAAAAGAAAGUUACAGAGAGAAAAUAGGUCUAAAUCUUCCCUAAUCAAAAUCAAGUCAUGAGGAUUUAAUUAAGAAGCUUUUCUACACCAGUGUCUAAAAAAUUCCUUUGCAUGAAGUGAUCUCAGGAAGUUGAAAGAAAAUUUGUUCAUUAUCUUUAGAAGUCCUGUUCUAAACGCACUUCGACCUCGGCUUCCAAACGAUGGAAAUUCGUCAUUUCCGCUGUCUUCGGUGUAAAUUCAAAUGACACUGUGUCAUAUGCAUUAGGGAGCAUUCGCGAGUGUGAAAGUUAUCAAUUACUCUUAAAAAGUACUUUGUUCCAAAAAAGAACAGUAAAUCUAUAAUCUACUUUUUCUAUAAACUGAAAGGAGAAUAAUAUUGAUAUUUACAAUUGUUUCGAAAAAUUUUGAUUCUUUUUAUUUAUUAAUAAACCGAUGUGUUAUUUAACAAAAGUAAAGUGCACCCUGAGGAGAUAAAAAGUAAUUUAAAUGACAGUGUCGUGGACAAGACGUUUUUUAUAUUUCGGGAAAAAGUCUCGACGGACUCGUAGCUUAAAAAUUGAGAUAUUCGUGUGAAUGGUUUUGGAAAAAAAUUAGAGUGUCGAUUUGAAUAUCUCAGGGUAGAAAGCCAUCGACGCGUGUUUGUAUCAAGAGUGUGUCGAGUGUGUGCAGGAGCCAUGUUCUUUUAUGCGAAUUGUUUCAAUUGAGUUUCGUGAGGAAAAUGAUUUAAGUGCGAUGUCACUUGGACAUUCGUAAUGAGUUCACAAGACUUCAGGAAAUCCAGCUUUAGCUGACAACUGGGCGAUGUAAAGAGCCCUUGUUGCAUAGCAAGCAGCAUACGCACAGGAUGACACCAACGGGCGGCCGAUCGCGAACCGGUUCGGUAUCGAAUCCAGUAGCGACCGCAACUGCCCUUAAUACAAUUGAGGACUGCGCCGAGGUAACGCUUUUCGAGGACCCCGCCGAUGCUGGUGGACGGCUACCGGACCUCGUCACCGAGAGCAAUCUCUACGGUGGCAAUGAGAAACCCGAAUCUUAUUUAGCCAUUACCAUUCAAGUUUUCAUCCCUUUUCUCAUAGCUGGACUCGGCAUGGUGGGAGCUGGUCUCGUCCUUGACUUAGUACAACAUUGGGUUGUUUUUGAGAGAGUGAACGAACUGAUGAUACUGGUGCCAGCACUUCUAGGUUUGAAGGGAAAUUUGGAAAUGACUCUCGCUUCAAGGCUCUCUACUCAAGCAAAUCUUGGUCACAUGGAUACUCCUAAGCAGCAGUGGUACAUGAUAGUUGGGAAUCUCGUUUUGAUCCAAUGUCAAGCAAUCGUCGUAGGUUUUCUGGGUUCAGUAGUGGCCAUCGUGAUGGGAGCAAUACGCAACAGUUCAGUUUCAUUAGAUCACGCCUACCUCCUCAUCGCCAGCAGUUUAGUAACAGCGUCGCUAGCAUCCUUCGUCCUUGGACUAAUUACAGCUGGUGUCAUCGUCUUGUCUCGCCAUUGUCACAUAAAUCCGGACAAUGUGGCCACUCCAAUAGCCGCUAGUCUAGGUGAUAUCACCUCUCUUGCCCUGCUUUCCUGGAUCUCAACUAUCCUCUACGAAGCAAUCGAUAAACAGGACUGGUUGGGGCCUCUUAUCAUUGCCUGCUACAUCCUCAUUACUCCACUCUGGGUCUGGAUAGCUAAAAAAAACAAAUACACUAAUGAUGUCCUUUAUACUGGAUGGACACCUGUAAUGGUGGCAAUGCUGAUUAGCAGUUGUGGUGGUUUAAUUUUGGAAUUUAUGGUCUCCCGAUUCGAAAACCUGACCGUUUUUCAACCAGUGAUCAAUGGAGUGGGUGGAAAUUUGGUAGCAGUACAAGCCAGCAGAAUAUCCACAGCCCUUCAUAAAGAAGCCGAGCUAGGAACACUUUUGAUUCCACCAGGGCUGACACAUCCUGUUAUUUUUAUUACGCCCAUUGCAAACUUUUUUGGAAAAGGACCGCAUGCAAGGACAACAAGGGUUCUUAUGUUAAUGGUCAUUCCAGGCCACCUCAUAUUCAUCUAUUUAAUAAAUUACAUGAAAGAUGGCAACACUUCUCUAACUCCUCUCUUCGUUUUUGUUUACUUAUGCGCAGCAGUUUUGCAAGUAGCAGCCCUUUUAUAUAUUGCGUACAUCAUGAUCCAUUGGAUGUGGAAAAGAAAAAUUGAUCCUGACAACUCGGCGAUUCCGUAUUUGACUUCUAUGGGUGACCUUCUGGGAAUCAGUCUGCUUGCAAUUGCCUUCCAAUUUCUUUACCUUGUCGGCGAUCAAGAGUUUGAUGCCUUGCAACCUUAAUCAAUAAAUGCUUCCGGCUUCGGUGGGAAUUCGAACAGGAAGCUUUCUAUUUAUUCUGGAGGAAAAAAGACUGGAAAGGCUUGUAAAGGUUGUAGGCACGUGCGAUAGAGGAAAAACGUUUAUCUGAUUAGAUCAGCAAUUGGUCUUUGCUUCGAUAAGAAAGUCAAGGUAAAAAAAUUCUCAACGAAAUUUUCCAAGAUUCAAGCUAUUCUUAUCGAACGUCCGAGUCUUUUAACCCUAGUCACUCUGAAGAAACCAACACAAAUUCUUACACAUACCUACAAGCAGAAUGAAAAAGAAACUUGAAGAUUUCUCAACUCUUGGUUAUAAAACAUUCUCGUUCAGGUGGAUUUCACUAUACGAGUUCCAAUUUAGGAACACAAUUUUCAAAAUUAAAUUAUUAAAAAAAAACGUAGUUGGACUCAACUAACAAGCCAAAAAUCAUUUAAUAAGUUAGAAAUUAAUUUAAUUAAUUAAUUUUACUUUGAAUUAAUUAUUACGAAGGCCACUUAUGUUUUCGGUGACACAGCGUGACAGAAAUAUAAUAAUAUAAUUAAUUAAGGCGAAGAUAUCUCUGUUCUGGUUGAAAUUUGACGAUUAAUAGAUCAAAUAAAUGUUAAUCAUAUCAAAUCAGAUAAACUAGAGGAUAAACUACAGAAGAGAAAUGAAAACUCGUUACAAAAAAUAGAUUUGAGCCUGUGUGUCUUGGAUUAGUUGCCUUGAUAGAAGAUAAAUAGUAGAAAAAUGGCAGAAGCUGCCCUCUGGCUUAAUUUUAGAAGCUUUAAGAAAUGAAAAAUCGAACGAACUCCAGAGAAUUUUUUCACUGAUUGUAAUGCUGAAUUACAUAUUUUUGAACAGUAUUUAUCCAGUUUCCAAUACUGAAUUUCUGAUGCUUUAUGUCAGAAACAAGUUUUCUAACGGAAAAAAAAACAAAGUGUAAAGUUAAAACGCACAAAGAAUUUAGCCAAUUUUCUUGCUUGAAAAAAAUUAAAUUAGAUAAAAAUAAGAAAUUGACGCACUAUGAGAAAUUAACUGAUUAAUGAUGUUCCCUGAAGCUGUACAGUACUUUUUAAAAACAUGUUGUAAUUUCUGCCCUUGAAAAACUAAACAUCAAAUUUUCUUAUUGGAAUUAAAAAAUGGACACCAUACGUUUUCAAAGAAUGAAGAAUAUAUUAAAACUGAGUUUCGAAAUUAAAAAUUUGCAAUUAGUCCCAACAUUGUGAUAACGCGUCGAAUGGUAGAUAUAAUAAAAUAAAAUUUGUUUCUGAGACCCCUUGGUGUCUGGCAUAAGUUCAUUGCUGAACUUUGUAAUUGCUAUAUCAUUUUUUACAUCAUU